UGUUUAAACAAAUGAAAAAGAUAUAUAAGUAAGGAUUAAUUUAAAAAUUUAUUUUUAACAAAGUCACAUGAAUGAAUUAUUAUUUAUUGCAUAAAUAUACGAGAUUAUAAAGUUAAACCGUAACUACGUGUUAUUGAUCUCGUAAUUUUAUUCGUAUAUAACCUAUAAAAUUAUAUUAUCAAUUUUAUAGAUAACGUGUUCAAUUGUUAAAAAAAGUUGUUCUAAUAAAUGUUAAUAAAAUAUUUAAAAGGAUGCAUUUCAAUACUGGACAACUAACGGGUAAUUUUGUACCUGACAAUGAUAGUAGUAAUAGCAGCGAUAUGAGCCAAAGUGAUAGUGAUGAUACAUCAAGUGACAUUAGUUUAGAUUCUGAUACAGAUACAGAAUCUAGCGAAGGACCUUCUAAUGCUGAUAUAACUCAUGAUUCUUUAGCUCCAGGUAGCAGCGGAGAAGCUUUAACAUUAAAUGAAGAUGAAGAAGAAGAUGAGACUGUAAAAGCAAUAAUUAGAUCUAAGCAAUUGCACAGAUCUCAUCCUCCGACAAUUACAUUAGAAGAUUUUAUAGUAGAUAUAUGUUUUCAUCCUCAAAAUGAUAUGAUCGCUGUGGCUAAUAUUUUAGGAGAUGUUAUGCUAUAUAAAUAUACUAACGAAGAAACAGAACUCGUAUCAUCCAUAGAAUUACAUCUCAAAGCUUGCAGAGAUAUUGAAUUCGAUCAUGAUGGUAAAAUUCUAUUUUCUACGGCUAAAGACUUAUCCAUAAUGAUGACCGAUGUGGAAACAGAAAAAUUAGUAAGAUUAUAUGAAAAUGCUCAUGAACAACCUGUAUAUACGAUGAGCAUUUUAGGAGAGCACACAUUUGCAACAGGGGAUGAUGAUGGCGUAGUUAAAUUGUGGGAUAUCAGACAAAAAGGUAAUACUCCUGUAUUUUCGAUAAAACAAAUGGAAGACUAUGUUAGUGCUAUGAUUACGAAUAGGGACAACAAAUAUUUAGUAUGUGCUAGUGGAGAUGGAUCACUCACAACGUUUAAUAUACCUGCAAAAAAAUUACAUAUUCAGUCUGAAGAAUAUGAAGAAGAAUUAUUAUGCCUUGGUUUAUUUAAAUCAGAGACAAAGAUUUUAAGCGCUACCAGCAAAGGAAAAAUGUAUGUAUUCAAUUGGGGAGAAUUUGGUCUUCAUUCGGAUGAAUUUCCUAGCUUAACCAAAAAAGCUCUAAAUUGUAUGAUUCCUAUUACCGAAAAUAUUGUAAUAACAGGUGGUGAAGAUGGAAUACUUAGAGCUACAAGUUUAUUUCCGCAUCAUAAUCUCGGUGUGGUAGGCCAGCAUAAUUUUCCAAUAGAAGCUCUUGAUAUUAAUAGAGAUGGUACAUUGAUAGCAUCCUCUUCUCAUAACAACGACAUCAAAUUUUGGAACGUAGAGUAUUUGGAAACAUUAAAUACCUCUGAGCGCAUAAAGGGUGGUAAACAAAAACAAAUGAAACAUAAUCUACCAAGUAGUAAGGUUGACAAUGCAUCAGAUUUUUUCGCAGACCUUUGAUUCUUUAUAUUAUUUUGCUGAUAAUCUUCACAAAUUUACCUUCAUUGAUGAUUCAUUUGGCGUAAGUAUUCCGGAGCAUGAUAAUGUUGUUGAGCGUGUGCGAGCGAAGGAUGUAUCGGUGGAGGAAAACAACGAACAUGUUCUACGCUGGUUGCAUCGCUAUCUCCACUUUUUAAAUACUUAUUUAAUACGGCAAAAAUUUGAGAAUUUAAUACUUGGAAUCUCCUUAUACGAUCCACCAUUCGUUUUAAACGCUGUGAGAGAAAAUAAAAAAGGAAACAAGUGAAAACAUUAAAAAGAUAAAUUAAAAAAAAAAUAUAAUAAUAUACAUACAAUUCCUUUGACAUUUUCAUCCUUGCCAUCUACACGCUGUACUCUGAGAAUAUGAUAGCAAAAGUCAAGAGCUUCGAACCUUCUUUGUUGGCCAAGUAAAACUAUCAUAGCGCAUCCAGCCCAAUGUAAGCCUUCACCGAAUAAUUCCCUAAGGUAUAUAUUGUAUGAUAAAUAUAAUAUAAAAGAAAGAAUAAAUAAAAUAAUUAAAAAAAUAA